UGGCGUAGAGCCUUUAUAAAGCACUGGGUGCGGGCCUGAGUUGCUGGAGCUGGAAGACCCGUGCGCAGUUCUGUUGGGGGCUGCGCAGCCGCAAUGGAAAGAAGGGCCACUCCUGUACUGCAGGCAUCAAACGUUCUGGCCUCAACCGUCUUCCACACCCUGUCACUUCCUUCACCUGAGUGAAGCAGCCAUGGCUGCGGGCAUCCUGCGGGCCAGCAGAAGAAUGGGUUCAGCUGGGGUGGACUUCAGGGUCUUGUGCAAAGCUCUGCGGCCCAGUCAGGUAUUUCGAGCCCCUCUCAACUGGGCCUGGUGGAGCCUCGCCCCCACAGCCAACAUGGCGACCGUGAAAGGCGAACUCCUGCAGCACAUCAGCUCCGAGAAGCCCGUUCUCCACAGCAAGGUCUCCAUAAUAGGGACUGGAUCAGUCGGCAUGACCUGUGCCAUAAGCAUCAUAGCGAAAGGCUUGGUUGAUGAGCUCGCCCUUGUUGACAGUAAUGAAGAAAAGAUGAAGGGUGAGACGAUGGAUCUCCAGCAUGGCACUGUCUUCAUGAAUAUGCCAAAGAUUGUUUGCAGCAAGGAUUUCCUUGUCACUGCCAACUCUAAGGUAGUUGUUGUCACAGCAGGCGCACGCCAGGCAAAAGACGAGACACGCCUGAAUUUAGUCCAGCGAAAUGUAUCCAUCUUUAAAGUAAUGAUUGCCGAUAUUAUCAAGCACAGCCCCCGCUGCAAAAUGAUUAUUGUUACCAAUCCAGUGGAUAUCCUAACUUACGUAGCCUGGAAAUUGAGCGGAUUUCCCGAAAACCGUGUUAUUGGAAGCGGCUGUAACAUAGACACUGCCCGUUUCCGUUACAUGCUUGGGCAGAAGCUUGGGAUCCAUGCUGAAAGCUGCAACGGGUGGGUCCUUGGAGAACAUGGAGACUCGAGCGUUCCGAUAUGGAGUGGUGUCAACAUCGCUGGCAUGCCGCUGAAAGAUGUGAAUUCAGCUAUAGGAACUAACAGUGACCCCGAGCAGUGGGGAGAUAUACACAAAGAUGUCAUUGCCAGUGCCUAUAGAAUUAUCAAAAUGAAAGGCUAUACUUCCUGGGCCAUUGGCCUGUCUGUGGCUGAUAUCACAGAAAGUAUUCUGAAGAAUCUCAGGAAGACACACCCAGUUUCCACCAAAAUCAAAGGUCUAUAUGGAAUACAAGAAGAUGUGUUCCUCAGCGUGCCUUGUAUCCUGGGAGAAAGUGGCAUAUCCGAUAUUAUAAAGGUAAAGCUGAACACUGUAGAGGAAGCCCAGAUACGGAAGAGCGCAGAUACGCUUUGGAAGAUCCAGAAAGAUAUCAAGUUUUGA